AGUCUAGCAACAGGAAAGUGACGGCAAGAUUGCCCUGCAUCACUCCUGCUGGUUCUUUUCCUCUCAGCCCAACAGAAGGUAGCAGAGAAAGUAAAAGACCACUCCCUAAGAUAUAAGAGGCAUAUCAUAAAACCAGAAUAUAUUUCUCAUCACCACUGAAGAGGAACCCAGAAGAUCCUGGCUUGACCACUUGAAUGCCUACAAGCUUGUGAGUGUGAGACCUGGCACAGAAUCAACUUGCCUAGAGAUUUUGUAUAGAGAUCUCUGCCUUUCCAUAAGGUGGUAUUUGUUUAUCAGAGCUGGGGAUCCAGAGAAGAGGCAGAGCCAUGGUGUAGUAAACUGUUAUUGCUGACUAUUGUUAGGCUAAUGAGCUGUAGUUGAUUGUUGCAGUUUGUGGCAAUUGGGGGGCGGGAGAGAAAAAGGCAAAAAUGAAAGCACAAGCCACUCACUCUGAACUGUGAAUGUCAUAGCUCUUGGCUAUUACUAUUAUUAAUUAUUGUUGUUGUUAUUAUUAUUAUCAUCAUCCUCAUUGCUAUUACAUUACGUUCCUGCCUUUGGAUUGUAGUUCUUGUGGUCUGUGAUAACACAGAGGUUUUAAAUAAAAAUACAUUGUUUCCAGUAAAAAUACAUUGUGACUGCCAUUACCCUCCCACUGUGCUUUGAACAUAAAAGCAAUUUGCUUCAUGGCACAGUAGAAUGAAACAAAGUUUCUCAAAAAGAAAGUUCAAGUUUCUGAAGCUGAUUUCCAGAAGCAUUACGAUUAUCUGUCCUGAAGACCUCCUGCAGCUAAGUCUUAUGCUGGAGCCCUGUAUUGCUGAAACCUCUCCACGUUCUAGCUUUAAGUAAGCCUUCACCGUUUUUCAUUUGUUCUUCCAAGACCAGCUUGUCUAUUUCGUUAGUGCUAAUAACCCUUGUGGAAAAGAGGUGACCCUGCCUCCACAGAGUUCGUCCCGGAGGCGGUUCAGUCCUCGGGGGCGGUUCGUGCCCGGAGGCGAUUCAGCAGCAACCCGGGAAGGCUGCGGGUACGCAGCUGCGGGCAGGCAGGCAGAAAGUGCCGGGAGCCGAAACAAGCUCCGGGCUGCUCUCGAACGCAGCAGCGGGGAAUGAAUGCAGUGCCGGGAGGCAGGCUGUGACUCACAAGACAGAUCUCCGAGAUGCAGCUUGGGAAGGUGAAACAGAUUUUUCCUUCUAAAAUGACUUUCCAAGCUCUGAUUUUGUGUCUGGCUUGUACUUGGCUUGGAAAGGCAAAUGUGGUUCCUCAGGCUGAAGAAAGAAAUGUGAAGAUGGGUGACAACGUGACUCUCAGUUGUGCUCUGACAAAAGCCAGUGAUGUUGUGCAAGUGACAUGGCAAAAGGACUCUGAAAAUUCAAACAGUAAUAUAGCUACAUACAGUAACAUAAAAGGAUUAAAGAUUCAUGAACCCUAUCAAGACCGAAUGAAUUUCACAAGUCUGGCACUCAAUGAGACAAGCAUCACUUUGUGGAACACUACGAUGGAUGAUUCAGGGUGUUACACGUGUCUCUUCAAUACUUUCCCUUAUGGCUCCUCGUCAGGACAUACCUGCCUGAAGGUCGUUGGUCUCAAUGCAUCUGUCCAUUACAACAUAUCUGAAGAUCAUUUGGUAGCCAUCUGUAAUGCUGUUGGCUUCCCAGAGCCCACCAUCACAUGGAACAACUUGUUCAAUUCUACUCCUACACAGCAGAAAGUCAAACACACCACUGGAGUGGUGUCUGUCACCAGUAAACUGGAAAUCAACACCCAGAGUAUUGUUGUGAAGGACUUGACAUGCAGAGUAAGCAAUGGGAAUGGAAAAGUGGAAUUGCCUGUGGAAAUGAGAGGAGAAGAGGGACCCUCAUUUCUUUGGAUGGUGAUCACUGGGGGGAUUUUAAUCAUCAUAACAGUUUUGAUUCUGAUCACACUGUGCUGCAGGAAGAGGAUAUGCAGGAAGGGUUGAAAUGGUGAGUCUGAUAUAUGGAAACCAACAGUUUUCAUAGAGCCUCAUAUUGGGUCUGGUCAUCAGAAGAAUAAGAAGAAUGUUGAGAUACUACUAGGGGCUAUGAGACUGUCACAGAGGACAAGUAAACUUUGUAAUAAUGUGUUUACACUUACUAGAGGUUACCUCAGCUGCAAUUCUGAGAGCUGUUUUCCCACUGCUACUGCUGAGGGACAAUGCCAGAUUACAAGUUGUGAGAGGAGGAUCCAAGCAGAGCAGGACAUGCCCUCAUGUUUUGUUUUCAGCAGAAGUAAUUCACUGGUUGCAUUUUCAUGGAGGGCUGCGAAAGUGUUGAGCAUAAGUAUGCUCAGAAUUUCUGGCAAAAAGGUAUGUUGGGGAGAAAUCUGCUCAUGCCCUCGGGACUCUCACAGUAUCCUAUUUGUGUUUUUAAGACAAACAAUGUAAUACAACAUAGUAGGAGUCUGCUAAUGCUGAAUGUCCUAGUAUGCAUGAUCAGCUCAACUUUCUAGUUUUAGUUACUAGUAAGAGAAUGACAGGAAAAAAAUAUAGGAGAGGGAAGGCCUUAGGCUUCAGAAACCACACAUUGGUUUAUGGUCAUUUGUAGUUUCACUCUUACUUGAGUAGAUAAAAAGUACUUGUGGGUUUCAGUCUGCGAGCUCCAUUAUCUUGGGCCCAGCCAGCCAGGUUCCAGGAUGAUGUACCUGAAUGCAAACUACUGACACAGGGUCAUGGAGACGUAGUUACUUGCUGUAGAUGGGCCACAGGCCCCUUUCUGUAGACAAGAGUCUGUUUAUUGGGAGAUGCUUACAUGCUUUACUUCCCUUCCUACAGUGUACCAACUUUUGGACUCGCUGUCUACUAAUCACUCUUGUCUUAUACCCUCACAGAUGGGUUUUGAUACCUGUUUCUCAUCCAUUCCAGCGAUACAGCUUUCUUCUAUCACUCAAUUUUCCUAUCUCUUCCCAUACAAGCCUGAAGGUCAGUCAACAUUAUCUGCCAACUCUGGGUUCCCACAGCUUGCCUAACUUUGCAUUCUACUAAUACAUUUAAAAAUGUCAGCUUACAUUAACUCAGUCUCUGAACAUUUGUACACUGUCUUCAUAAUGAGAAUGUGAUACAAAGUAGUGUUUCCAGGAUGUGGUAGGUUGAGAUUACCCCAAAAAUAAGUUACCAGAAGUUUUGGAAGCAAAAUGAAGCUAACAUUCAUCUAAAAUCUAGAAGUAUAAAAUGCAAUGAAUACAUACAAAAUACAUUUACAUAUAUUUAUAAUUCAGAAACAACACAAGGACCCUCAUUGAAUUGUUCCCCCAGUAGCAACGUGGGGGUUAGUCUCUUCUGCCAGGCAACCAGCAACAGAACAAGGGGACACAGUCUCAAGUUGUGCCAGGGGAGGUCUAGGCUGGAUGUUAGGAGGAAGUUGUUGCCAGAGAGGGUGAUUGGCAUUGGAAUGGGCUGCCCAGGGAGGUAGUAGAGUCACUGUCCCUGGAGGUGCUCAAGAAAAGAGUGGAUGAGGCACAUAGUGCCAUGGUCUAGUUGACUGGACAGGAUGGGGUGCUAGGUUGGCCUGGAUGAUCUUGGAGGUCUCUUCCAACCUGGUUGAUUUUGUGAUUCUUCUGCACAAGGGUAAAGUGAAUAGCUGUCCCCGCAGAGAGAGAAUCAGAAAGGCCUGCUGCUAUCUACUUAGCCAUAACAAGAGUCUCAGCCAAGGUCAGCAAAGCCACGCAAAAGCAUCAGCCAGCAGCCAGAGUGAAGAAGAGAAAAGGAAGAAAAAACAGUUUGUGCUGCAAAUUAUAUCCCAAUCCAGCAAUCCAAUGGAAUGAUAUGGACCUAUCUAUUAUUGUUCUUUCCUUGCUUUAUUUACCUUUUAUUCAAAUAUGUCAAGAAAGCUCCUAUUUCUUGUUUGCAAUUAAGAACUAGGUUUGAGUGGUAGUUUUAAACUGCCACACAGGAGUAUCAGACAUGUCUGUUGUGAACUUAACUCCUACAACAUCUGCUGUUAAGAGGGGUUGACUGAGUAAAUCUGCUACUGCCAGGAACAUAAAAAUCUUCACAGUGAGAAAUAAGUUAACACUUCUUACAUCUCAAAUAUAACUUUUUAAUUUAAAACA